AGAGGUAAUGGAUGCGCUUGCGCAGUUCACCUGUUCUCUUCAUAUGUCUUAUGUAAAAGUUAACACAUUAAUGAACACGCAUGUAUGCAUGUAUUUGUGUGUGUACAGUCUCUACAUAUUACCUGGUGGACUUGUUAAAAACCGACAGUCCGGUGAUAUUCUCGCUGUACACAUGAUUACCUAUCAAGUAUUUAAAUAUUAUUAUUUUGAAUCUACCGCGGGAAUUUAUCCGCGCUAUUUUAAAGUAUCUUAGUUUUUAUUUAAACUUAUUUUUUUUAUAAAUAAUAAUACUGUUUAUUGUUUAAUAAAUUAUUCGUAAUAAUAAUAAUAUCAAGGACUAAUUUUCGUAACGAAUUAAUACUUAAAAAUAUUAAAAGAAUAAACAAAUGUAUAAAGUUGUAAUGAUUGUGUUAAUAAUAGCAAUUAUUUGCGAUAUAGUUAAUAGUAAAAGUACUUAUUACUAUGGGGAUCAAGGUGAUAUUGUGUUUCCCGGGCCUGCAAGCUAUCAAAGGUCGAUAGUAAUCACAAGUCCUAAUAAUCCAACAACUGAACAAAGUUUUCUUGCGAAAUCAAUAGAGUUAGCGAAACAAAUGCAAAAUUUUGAAACCAUUGAAGAUUUUCUCUCUAUCGUUAAGGGAGUACCGGAUUCUGAAAUGCCUUCUUUCGUAGCCGAUCGAAUGGGUAUAGAAAGAGCAUCAGGAUCAUUAGCAAAACCUGCCGCGUGUACGCCGGCACUUCAAAUAGUACCGCUCAAUCUACGUGUAGAAGAUCCAGCAGCCGUAUACUUUCCUCCUUGUACCAGAGUAAAAAGAUGCAGUGGAUGUUGCAAUCAUAGACUACUAACUUGUCAGCCGACUGAGACGCAUCUAGUCAAUUAUGAGAUCGCAGUAACAAAGUAUAUUAAUGGUACAUUAUCCUAUCAAGGCAAGGAAUUAAUACCAGUGGAAGUACACGACAACUGUACAUGCAAAUGCAGUAUCACAGAUCAUCAUUGCAAUCGUAAGCAAGUUUAUAUACAAGAUGAAUGCAGAUGUGUGUGUUCAAACAGUGAUGAUGAGGCAAAGUGCAAAAGAUUUCCCCAUAUUAAGAUAUGGGACUCUGAUAAAUGUGAAUGCGGGUGUCGAGAGAUAGAAUCGUGUUCUGAGGGACUGUACUUCGACAAAAAUACUUGCCGUUGCCAAUCAAAACCCAGAAGCAGAGAUACUUAUUAUACAUGGGAAGCAAGUGAAAGAAAAGUUACACCACCGAUAUUUGCAGACAUUAUGCCUAGAAGAAAGCAUAAAGAUGAACCAAUUUAUAAAUAACAAUUAUAAUGAAUAUAAUUUAUCUAAAUAUUAAAUUUAUUUUGUUUGAUUCAAUUGUAAAUUCUUUAAAUCAAAUUAUCACUCUGCGGAAGCAAUUAUUAUUAUUAUUGUUAUUGUUAAAAUUACUUAAUGUCUCUCUUAUCACUCACAAAUGAUCAUGUAGCAUUAUAUUUAUUAUAUUU